GCAUCUAAUUUUAGCAUUUCCAGAGGAGAAUAAAAAUAUGUGAAACACAAUAAUCAGGAAAAAUGUCACGCACAGUCUAAGUACACGUUCGUCAGAGGAAAAAUGCCGGGAGGGCAGCAGGCGGCAUAUGUAAGAGGUGUGUCCGGAAGCUACAGUUCAUAUCCAAGGCAAGUGGAAGCUGUUCCCAACGGUAUCCAAGCCCUUGCCGAAUACAUCUUGUUCUCCACACGUCCAGUGUGAGGUCCCUCCAGCUAUAGGGUGGGCACUAUGGCUGAGAAGUUCGACUGCCACUACUGCAGGGACCCCUUGCAGGGGAAGAAGUACGUGGAGAAGGAUGGCCACAACUGCUGCCUAAAGUGUUUUGACAAGUUCUGCGCCAACACCUGUGUGGAAUGCCGCAAGCCCAUUGGUGCUGACUCCAAGGAGGUGCACUACAAGAACCGCUACUGGCACGACACCUGCUUCCGGUGUGCCAAGUGCCUUCACCCCUUGGCCAAUGAGACCUUCGUGUCCAAGGAGAGCAAGAUCUUUUGCAACAAGUGUGUCACUCGGGAGGACUCCCCCAAGUGCAAAGGGUGCUUCAAGGCCAUUGUGGCAGGAGACCAGAAUGUGGAGUACAAGGGAACCGUCUGGCACAAGGACUGCUUCACUUGCGGCAGCUGCAAGCAAGUCAUCGGGACUGGAAGCUUCUUCCCUAAAGGGGAAGACUUCUACUGCGUGACUUGCCAUGAGACCAAGUUUGCCAAGCACUGCGUCAAGUGCAAGAAGGCCAUCACAACUGGAGGAAUCACUUACCAGGAUCAGCCCUGGCAUGCCGAGUGCUUUGUGUGUGUUACCUGCUCUAAGAAGCUGGCUGGGCAGCGUUUCACCGCUGUGGAGGACCAGUAUUACUGCGUGGAUUGCUACAAGAACUUUGUGGCCAAGAAGUGUGCUGGAUGCAAGAACCCCAUCACUGGGUUUGGUAAAGGCUCCAGUGUGGUGGCCUAUGAAGGACAAUCCUGGCACGACUACUGCUUCCACUGCAAAAAAUGCUCCGUGAAUCUUGCCAACAAGCGCUUUGUUUUUCAUGGGGAGCAAGUGUAUUGCCCUGACUGUGCCAAAAAGUUGUAAAUCGACAGGGGCCCCUGUCCUGUAAAAUGGAAUUUGCAUCAUGUUCUUUGUGUCCUUGCCCUCUCUGCCCAACACCAUCUGUAGGGGAAGAGUGGCCUUUCACCUCUUUAAAGUUGCUCCUUCUGUCUUUUCUCCCAUUUUACAGUAUUUGUCACAUAAGGGCACACAGUGAUCAUGUUAGGAUUUAGCAAAAAGCAACCUUGCAGCAAAGCUCAUUACUCUAUGGCUGCAAUGAAAAAACAAAACAAAACAAAAACAAAAAAAACAACAAAAAAAAAAAACCAAAACAGAAAAACAAAAACUUAGAUAGAUUGACUCUUCUGCAUGUUUAUCAUAGAGCAGAAAAGUGCUAACCAUUUAGCUCCUUCGUGAUGUAAGCAAGAAGCAUACGUGAUAAAGCCCCCACUGAGUUAUCUUUUGUGGCUCAGCUGGGACCCACCAUGUAGUGACAUGACAUGCAAGAGUUGCAGCGGCUGCUCCAACUCACUGCUCACUCUAUUCUGUGAGCAGAAAAAGAACUUGCUGGAAUGCAUGGUGUAACUUUUUCAUCAAAAUUCUGACUUCUGUUCUUUUGUGCUUUCACUUGACUAACAAGAAUUUCCAGAAAAUUAACAUUUGAACUUAAUGGUAAUUCUCACCUGACCUUUCCCCAUACUAACAUUGGAUUUCCUGGUGUGGCAUGUUUUCUGAGUGUUCCUACUUUAAAACAUGGAACAUACAGGUGAUUUGGGAAGUGUAAACAGGCCUGAGAAAACGAGCCUGUUUCAGAGCAACAGUGUCACAGCGAGUACGUAUGGAAGCUUAUCAAAACUAACCCUGCUGUCCUUUUUAUAUUUUUUAAUUAAUGAUAUUUUUGUUUUAAUUAAUAGUAAAAUAGUUUAUGGGUUUGGAAACUUGCAUGACAAUAUUUGAGCCCCCUCAGACAUACUUUCAGUUUUGAGAGUCAUCCUACAAAAGUGACUAUAAAACUCUAGAGGGGUAGCUGAGCAGGCGCCAGGGCUGUCAUCAGUGUGGUUGUGACAUUUCAAAACCGUGACAAGUUGAAUUCCUUGUAACAUAGUAGUUGUCUGCUCUUUGUCCGUGUGUUCAAGAGGACUGCAAAGUCCCUUCUCUUGUGAUUACUAAGACUUUUCCUUAAGAGUUUAGCUGGAUCUCUGGGGGAGUGGGGAGGCCACCGUCCUUACCAGCGGAACCAGAUUUCCACCUCCUGCUUCCCUGAAAUGCAGGAUCACCUACUUACUGUAUUCUUCAUUAUUAUAUUACAUAGUAUAAUGAGACAAUAUCAAAAGUAAAAUGUAAUGACAAUACAUAUUAACAUUCUUGUAGAAGUGGUUAUAGAAGCCAAUGCCUCAUUUCUACAUUUUGUCAUUAGAUAUUAUCAUCUAACGUUUCAGUGUAUCCUUACAGAAAUAAAGCAGCAUAGAAAGAA